GUCGCUUCCGGCCGACCAGACGCCGUGGACGCAGCCGAGUUCCGAGACGGUCUCCCGUGCAGUGGGGGCGUGCCGGUCGUCCUGCGCGUGGCGGGAGCUCGCGGAACCGGCCCGUGGGAGCACGGUGAGGCGGGGCGAGCGGCAGCCGAGGGCGGCCCGAGCCGGCGAGCGGGGCGCAGUCCCCUCCUCGGCUUCCGCAGGGCCUGGGAUAAACACCCUGGUUGGUGGGUGUUCUGUCGGUGUUCUCGGUCGGCGGGACUAAUGGACAGAAACUGUCACGGGAGGACUUUCAGGCGUCUGUGGGGUGCAGCUUGAGACAGGUCUCCUGUCCCGGGGCUGUCCGGUCUCUUGCCUCCGCAGCCGUCGUUAGAGCCCUGCUCUUCCCGACUCCCUGGGAUUUGUCUUUCCCGAGCUGGCCAUGGAUGCUUCGACUCAGCCUCCCACACCCACUUCUCCGAGUUGCAGCCUAACCUCACGGACAAUCCACAUCGAGUUCCCUCACCAUAGCUCUUCGCUGCUAGAAUCCCUGAACCGCCACAGGCUGGAGGGGAAGUUCUGUGAUGUGUCCCUCCUGGUUCAGGGCAGGGAAAUUAGGGCUCACAAAGCAGUGCUGGCUGCCGCCUCUCCUUACUUCCAUGACAAGCUGCUUUUGGGGAAUGCGCCCCGACUCACCUUACCCAGUGUCAUUGAGGCAGAUGCUUUCGAGGGACUGCUUCAGCUCAUCUAUUCAGGGCGCCUCCGCCUGCCACUGGAUGCUCUCCCUGCCCACCUCCUUGUAGCCAGUGGCCUGCAAAUGUGGCAAGUCGUGGAUCAGUGCUCAGAGAUUCUUCGAGAACUGGAAACAUCAGGCGGUGGAAAUUCAGGCGGCGGAGGAGCCGCCUGCCACACACUGCUUUCCACAACCCCUUCAGGAGGCUGGUGCAUUCGCUCCUCCUCUUUCCAGAACCCAGCGCAGUCCUCCGCUUCCACAGAGAACUCUGCCUUCGCCGAGAACCUCGUUGGAGGGGAGAAGAGUGAGCUGGAACAAGUGCUACAGAUUCAGGUGAAGGAGGAGGAGGAGGAGCAGGGGUCGGCAGCCCACCUCUUCCAGACUCAACCUCAGAGACUACCCGAAGAGUUUCCCCCAGCUUGUGGAUCCCACCCCCUGCCUGCGUCUGCUUUCCCCAGCAUGUCUCCGGAGGACCAGAGUUCAACCCUUGAGUUUCCUGCCCCUCCUGUACAGGCUUCCCAUGUCAUAGAGGCUAAUCUGGACCCCCUUAUGUCUGUGGAGAAGACAUCAGGAAGUAGGACUGUGCCUCAAGGAGCGAAGGAGAGGACCAGAACUCUUUCUGAAGCAGACUCUGAGGGAAAGGGAGAGCUAAGAUACUUGCUGUCCUCAGGAGGAGGAGAAACAUCCGGGUCAGGAGACCCGUCCUGGAAACCAGUGGACCUUCAUGGGAAUGAAAUCAUGUCCGGAGGGCCCGGAGGAUCGGGACAAGCUAUGCAUGGGCCUGUGAAGCUGGGAGGGACGCCGCCUGCAGAUGGGAAGUGCUUUGCUUGUUUGUGUGGAAAGCGCUUCGCGGUGAAGCCCAAACGAGACCGGCACAUCAUGCUGACCUUCAGCCUUCGGCCCUUUGGCUGCGGCAUCUGUAAUAAACGCUUUAAGUUGAAGCACCACCUCACAGAGCACAUGAGGACCCACGCCAAAGCUCUGGAUGCCUGUCCCCACUGCGGCCGUCGCUUUCGUGUCCACGCCUUUUACCUUCGCCACCGGGACUUGUGCAAAGGGCAGGGUUCGGGCACUGCCCACUGGACUUACAAAUGACAGCUGGCGCUCUGUACUGACUUGUAGGAGAAGUAGCCACUGCUGCUGGGCUCUCACCCAACGUCACCACCUUGGUCCUCGAUUGCAUAGUCCAGGAGGUUAUAUAGCUUGUGAACCCCUUGCUCUUGGGAAGGGCCUCACCCUGGUGUACUCGGAAGCUCAGGUUUCUCAGUCCAGCUGUUUGUUGAACAGACUGUAGGAAAGUCAUAUUUUUGACCACUCACCCUAAAGGGCCUCUUUUGUAUUGGUAGCCAGUGAGGAAACCAUUGACUUAGAUUAGGUUGGUGAGCGAAGAGUUGGAACAAAAUGACCUAGUAACUUUACUUCCUCUUCACCAGGAGGUAAGGGAGCUGCUCUCCGACUAGGAAUGUAUUUGAUUCAGAGCGCAAGUAAUUGUCAGACUAAGCCCCAAGCAUCCCCCCCCCCACACACACUGUUGGCAGUGUUCUGUUUCUAUACUUCUUCCUGCUGUUUCUUUCUAGAUUGUACUUUGCUUUUUCACCUGAGUAGACACCUCCCCCAAAGUCCUUCUAAAAAUGUACUUGAACACGCAGCAGGUGUGGUUGCACACACCUGUAAUCCCAACACGCGUGAGGCAGGGGCCGCAGAUCUCUGUGAGCUCCAGACCAGCCAUAACAAGUUCCAAGCCAGUCGGGGCUACACAGUGAGCACUUUAACACACUGAGCAUCUGUGUGAGUCUACCCCUGACA